AUGACGCAUGCCCGGAAGAAACAACUUUUCCUUCUGAAACAUCCAGCUGGUUCUGCUGGCCGAGCUUCGUCGCCAACGGGCAGCGGGAGGAUGGACAGGCCCGAGGCAGAGUGCGGCGAGCAGAGAGACGGAGAUGCCACCGAGGCUCCGAACGGUCCGAGUGGGUUUGUAGGGACGAGCAAAAGCAAGAAUUUGCACGAGGUGCGAAAGACGUACCCGCUGCGGAGGCGGCUGCUCCCCUCGGUGAACAAAAAGACCUGCAAGGUGCUCCUCACCAGGCUGGAGGAUGUGGCCGGGUCUCUGUCGAAACAGACCCAGAGCUGUAAAAAAAAGGACCUUCCCAGUUGGAUGGAGGGUUUGGGAUCUGCUUUGUUCUCCGAGCAAGUUCAGCCUGUGGGAGCAGGUAAGAGUGAUUCAUCUGGGGAAAAGUGCACAAUAACUUAUCCGGGGACAGAGCCAGACCUUGACGCUGCGCCGUCGGAGCCCAGGAAACGGCGGCUGGCCUCGCUGAACGCCGAGGCCGUCAACAAUCUGCUUUUUGAGCGGGAUGAUGGCUUGUUAUCCGGCAGGCGAUUCCGGAGGGACUCCGUUAAAACCGGUGGAGACUGUGCCGUUAAGAGCUUGCAUUGCAAAGCUGGUGACAACUGUCCUGCGCUGGAAAAAAAUGCUGUGAAAACAGGUAAAGGGAAAAACCGGCACGAGCCCGGCCAGAAAUGCAAUAGCUGUGACCAUUCACUGGAUGAGGUCUUUGACGAUGGGACAAAGAGGGAGGACGGUGCCGUCUCCUAUCAUCCCACCCCAAAGAGACUGGCCAGCCUGAAUGCCGUGGCCUUUCUGAAGCUGACCCAUGAGAAGGACCAACCCCUGAAGCAGAGGAGUAAAUCGGACGGAGAGGGCAAGUCCGAGAACCACUGUUCAAAAUCCACGCUCAAGUGGGCCAAAGCCGGUCGGAAGAACUGCGUCAAAUCCAAGAAGGAAACGGCUAGCUUGAAAAUGGAAGGGCAGCACGGCUGGCGAGGACUUUCUCUGGGUGCUUUUGGGAAGGGGGAGCAGCGGGACUCCUCUCGGCUCUACGGGGCGACAGAACCCGUCCCGUACGAGUCGCUGUCGAGCUCCUACGCUAGCACCGAGGGUUUCUACCACAGACUGCCUUUGCUCAUGGGUGGACAAGCUUCCAUGAAGCCGGAGUACGGAAGACCAGGAGAGAAAUCCCCGACCCCCAAACAGGAAUUUCAUCAGCCCUCCUUUCCCGUGCAGCAGUUCCCUCCCUUGCCUGUGCCCGGAAAUCACACGGAUUGUGGAUGUCUCUACGAAUCCUCGGAUCUGACUCCGCUGAACGGGUUUUACGUUUAUUAUGGCCAAAGUGGAUACAGUGGCUACUCUCACUGCUCCGUUUACCCCAAGGACGAGCUUUCGCAAUCCGCUACCUGCGAGGGGCUCUUGGUAUCGCCCGGUUCCUUGCCGUCAGGCGCUCACUUCCAGCCACUCCACUGGUGUAACUCUCCGUACUGCUGCGGAGAAGGAACGGCGAUUAACAGCUACAGCAUCUGCGGAGUCGUGCGCGUGCCGGAGGGCAGGAUGGGCAGCGUGCACGCAGGGCGGAACAGCUACCCCUACAAAAUGCCUUUUGCAGCAGAAGGCUGCAAGUCUCUGGACCAGCUGAACCUCACAAUCCCUGUGGCAGGGCACCCCGCGUCGCCUGCCCACCCGCGCUCAGGAUGUCCUGUACCCAGCGUGCCACCGGCUGCAGAACCCGUUCCUCAUCUGCAGACCCCCAACUCUGACCCUCAGACCAUGGCCCGAGAAUGUCCGCAGAGCUCGAAGCCUCCCAGCGGCUCCAAAUCCGGUCUGCGAAAUACUACGGGCUGUCUCCACCCCAUGGGCGCAGCCUGCGAGAAGGCCGUCUACGUCGUGAACGAACCAGAGCCGGCCGUUCGCAAGAGCUAUCAGGCUGUGGAGAGGGACGGGGAGAUCAUCCGGGUACGAGACACCGUCCUCUUGAAAUCGGGGCCCCGGAAGAAGUCCAUGCCCUACGUUGCGAAGAUAUCAGCGCUGUGGGAAGACCCCAAAACAGGGGAGCUGAUGAUGAGCCUCCUGUGGUAUUACAGACCGGAGCACACUCAGGGAGGCCGCAAUCCCAGUAUGCACCAGACGCCUUUCCAGAAUGAGAUCUUUGCGUCCCGGCAUCAGGACGAAAACAGCGUUGCCUGCAUCGAGGAGAAGUGCUACGUGCUGACCUUUGCAGAGUACUGCAGAUUUUGUGCCUUGGCAAAGCGUCGAGUCGAAGGGAUCCCAGGCAGGAAAACCAUUAUGGUUCCUCCCUCGGAAGAGUACUCCACACCCCUGCACCGCAAGGUGCCCGAGGACACUGACCCCGAGCUGGUUUUCCUCUGUCGUCACGUCUACGACUUCAGACACGGGCGCAUCUUGAAGAACCC